AUGGGGCAUUGGCUUCGUCGAGUAAGAAACCUUCUUAUCCAGUUUGUUAUGAUUGAUGGACGUCCAUAUCAGAUAAUUUACUGAGGAUUUGAUAUGAUCAAAAGCUUUGGAGAAGUCCAAUAAAAAAUUCUCACAGCGUUUUUCGACACAUCAGUUUCGUUUAAUAGGUGAUGGACAAGGCUCAAUAAUGCAUGUGUUGUUGAGGAGUUUUUUAGAGAUCCAAAUUGUCGUUUAUCAAUCUUCCCACUAAUCAACUACAUCAGCCAGUCUGCAACAAAACGUUUUUGACAAAGUGGCAGUAAGCGAGAUGGCCUUAUUUUUAGGGACAGGGAUGACGUCGGCUUUUUUCCAUACUGUGGGAACAGACGCCUGUUGAAGGGAGGCGUUGAAGAUUGAAGUAACAGGAGGAGCCAACAGGUGCGCAUGAUCUUUUAGAACCCAAUUCGGUAUUUCAUCUGGGCCAGCUGCUUUCGAAGAUGAUAUUGAGUACGUUUCAGAACCGCAAGUAGGAUAUGAUAUUGAUAUGACGAACAUUAAACGUGACUUUGGGAAAGACACCUUUUUUUGUAAAAGAUAACGUGUGAACUAAAAUCAUUGUUCCUAGUUUUAGACUAUAAAUAUGAGUGCAAAAAUAUUGUUGUAAUUAGAGUGCUAGAGAUUGUUGGAGUGUUUGAAGAGUGUUUUUAAAGAUCGUAUGAAAUGUAUAUAUAUUGGAAUUGGUUAAGAUUGAUUGAUUGUAAAAGAUUGUUUGAAUAAACGAAAAUCAGAAAAACGAAAUAAGUCCCAGUGGGUUGUUGACUGAACCAGCGAGCGGAAAAUUGAUUCUUAUACCGGGUGGCGCAAAAAAAGUUGCCUUGUUUGAUUCGUUUUAACUUAAAAACUAAAAGAGCUAUUACACCUAAACCACGUGCAUUGCAUUCAGUAUUGUCUAACUUAAAUUUUGAUAUACGCCCUGUGCAUUUUCGUGCAAUAUUGACCGAGAGAGCUGCGUUUAAACGUGAAUAAACAUUUUGGGAAGUGUCGAGAAUUAGCUAAAAACGGCCUGUUAAACUAAUUUGAUAACCGUUACCAUUUUACAGUUUACGUGUAAUAGCUCUUUUAGUUUUUAAGUUAAAAAAAUCAAACAGGGCAUAAUGCCAUAAUGAAAACCCAAGACGUCGGCUGCAAAGUGUUGAUGUUUUGAUAAUUUUACAAUUCAUUUUUACAAAGAAAUUUAAAGUAAGAAACUUUGUGAUGCAAAAUACUUACAGCUAUUUCAAUUAAGGUUGUCCACGGGCAAAGCGGAAAAGUCGAAUACGAGCGCGAAAGGCUGCUGGGAAUCGCUAAAAAAUUAAUGAAUUUUCAAAGCGAUUCCAGGAGCCUUUCGUGCUCGUAUUCGACUUUUCCGCUUUGCUCGUGGACAACCUUAAUUGAAAUAGCUGUAUAUCUGGAACCCAAAGGUCGCUCAGUAUUUGUCGAGGUUGUACGCAGAAAAUAAAAAAAAUAAAACAAAGUACAUCCACACAAAGUACACUGAGUUCAUAACACCAACACACACAAAAAGUAUCAUACCUUAGAAUACAUUGCAUGAUAUCGAAGGAACUAGACUCAGUUCCGAAAUAUCACCGACUUGACCUCGUAGCUCAGUUGGCAGAGCAUUGGACUAGUAUCCCAAAGGUCGCGGGUUCGAUUCCCACCGUGGUCAGGCUAACUUUUCAGCUUGCCCGGUGUGGAUGCACACUCAGAGUAACACCACAAACAUAAUAAAUUAUUUUAUUUGUGUGUUAAACGUGACGUUGCAUGCAGAAAAAUAGCAAAUGCCGAAGCCAUGGAUGUAUAGCUGCAUGCACGAAACGAUUAUAUGUCGUGAUCCAACUUUGUUACGAGGACCAACAAUGGCAAUGUCGCAUUUUACUUGUUAUGAUUUCAACUUGCAGAAUAUAUUUACAUGAAAAUCCUUUCCUAUUCGUGUUUUGAGUAUUGUUAACGUAACAAGUAACCUUGAUUAUGUUUUAUUCAUUAGUAUGUUGGCAAUAAUAAACAAGCGGAUAAUGACUGGUUUCGUCUUGAAUCUAAUAAAGAGGGAACGAGGUAUGCGCUAAUUAUCUUUAUACAUCUCAUCCAUUACAUUUUCUUCAUUUAUUCUGUUUAUUGUAUGACAAGUCAGUAUGCAAGAAGAGAAAAACAGAAAAAGCAAAGUAGUUUAAUGUAGUUUAAUAUGUUAGGUUAGCCUAAAGUAGUUUGGACAACUGGCGACUUGGCAAGACAAUCGAUAGACAUCGAUACAAUGAGGCACAUUUUGUGGCAUAUCAUUUUGGGCAAGGAAGUGCUCGAAAAAACGGUCUAGAGGCUCUUGCAUGUCUAAUUAUUAUCUGGAGGAACAUGCGGACCUCUAGAUUGCAGAGGAGGUGACGCAGCUCUGUGCAUGUUGUUCAGUUAGUUGAGUGUUGCAUGCAUGAUGGUCUGGGGACCAACAUUGGUUUACUGAGACAGUAUGGGUUAUUGCGAUUAGGUAAUUAUAUCCAGGUGAUCUGACGGUGAGCAAAAGGACUGGGACUAGCAAUUUAAUCACUUGUCACGCCCUGAUUCUUUUGUGAAACUGUUUGAAACUUUGUGUCUGUGUCGUGCACAGAGAAAUUAAUGUCUGGGACAAAUUUGAAAUAGAAAUCUAAUACAGUUGAUGAGAUAUUGAGUAAUUUUAAAUCAGAAAUGGAUUUCUAUUUUACAACUAGUGCCAGGCCUUUUCCGAGUUCCGAGAUCACCUGGUAUGUAGACUAUAGGUUAUUAUAUAUAGCGACUUCAGAGCUACGAAUUUGGUAGUUACCUAUCAGGGUACAGGGCUUGAAAUAUGGUUUCCAAAGUUCCCGAUUAUGGUGAUCGGCAGUCAUGACUUUCCCUGCUUUUCCCAGUGAACUAUAUAUAUGUUAUACAGGGUGUGUCAAACAGAUUUAAAAUUGCUCUCAAUUUCGCAAAACAGCUCUUUGUAUCCGGUUUUUUUUAUAUAUAUGGCCUCUUUGGGUACUUAUAAUGUAGAAUAAUGAGAAAAAUUUCUCGAACUCAAAUUUUGUGAACCAGGGGGUGUGUCUUUUCCAACAAACUAAAAAUGGCUCGCGCACAAAAUUUAAAAGUUGUAAUCAUAUUUUGAGUUAAUAGAUGGAAAAUUUGUCGGGUUUUUAAUUACUGUACAAAAUUUCAGACAAUUUGGUUUAGUUUAAGCCCUUUAACUAUUCACGCAAAGUUACAAUUUUCCCGAAAAAUCAGCUAUUUGCAUGCUUAAUUAAUGCAUUUGCCUAAUUUGCAUAUGUCAGCAAUAUGCAAAUUAGGUAAAGGCAUUAAUUAAGCAUGCGAAAGGCUGAUUUUUUAGAACAAAAUGAAUAGUUAAAGGGCUUAAACUAAACCAAAUUGUCUGAAAUUUUGUACAGUAAUUAAAAACCCGCCAAAUUUUCAAUCUAUUAACUCAAAAUAUGAUUACAGCUUUUAAAUUUUGUGCGCGAGCCAUUUUUAGUUUGUUGGGAAAGACACACCCCCCUGGUUCACAGAAUUUGAGUUCGAGAAUUUUUUUUCAUUAUUUUACAUUAUAAGUACCCAAAGAAGCUCUAUAUAUAAAAAACAGAUACAAAUAGGUGUUUUGCGAAAUUGAGAGCAAUUUCAUAUCUGUUCAGUUUUUUUUGAUACACCCUGUAUAGUUCAGUGGCUUUUCCUGAUUGAAAACCCUGUUUUCCCGCCGUUCAUAAACAAUUUCUUGCCCUGGGGUACCCUGUCUUGUUACACUGUCGACUAAACCACUUGUCGUAUAUUUAAAGUAUAAAAAUUAUUGCAUGCUGAUUAGCGUUUGGAUUAGGGUUAUUAUAAUUGUAAUUGUAGACGCAAUACUUCACUGCGUACAAUGGCUUUACAACGCCAAUAGAUUAUUGGUUACAACGUGCGGAACGGCUGACAGAUAACUGUUUCCGCUGAAAAAUAAUUGCGCGGGCACCUGCAAAUACCUAUAGAAUUAUCCAUAGCUGUAGGCUUUUAGCCAAUGAGAGAACGAAAACAAAAUGCAAUGAAUAUUAUUGACGAUUAUUGCCGAGCAACCUAGCGUACUUAGAGCAACUUAUGGUAAAAUAAUAAUGUUCAUUCGGUUUGCAGGUGGUUUGGAAAAUGUUGGUAUGUGCACAACUUGCUAAAGUACGAAUUUGAUAUUGAAUUUGAUGUAAGUGUUUUAAAGUAACCAUUUGUAACUCUUCCAGAUUGGACCAUUUGCAUUAUAGACUAAAUUUUGAUCUAAACAAGUCUAGACAAAAAGUUCAUCACGGCUUGAAAGAGCAUCACACCGCCUUACGCGGGGUGGGACAGCAUCAAGCGACAAAUCAUCGUCGGAUUUGAUAUGCUGUCCCACUCCGGGUAAGGAGGUAUUGUCAACAUGUAUUGAUUACGUCACGUCCACGAUCGUGCCCAAGCAGCCCUAAGUAUUUUGAACAGUAUCCGAAAUUGAGGAUAUUUUGGCUCCGUUCGUCGCUAAAUUUGCCCAAACUAUGAUCAAACCACAUUAUUUAGAAAGAGAAAUCUUUGUGAAAAGAUGUAAUCGAAUUUGUUUUGGCGUACGACAAGUUUGAGCGGAGAUAUUUGACUUUGAAGGCGAUGCGGUCGGGCCGCCAGUGAUUAGCCUUUUACUGGUAUUAUAUAUAUAAUGAGCACACACAAUGUAGGCCACUGAAAAUGUUACAUCAACCGCUCUAAAUGAGCUCAUGGAUUAAUUAAAAGAAUGCAAAGGUAUAUUAUAGGCCUACUAUCAUGUCAACUAUAUUUUAUUGUUAAAAUGUAUUUAUUUCACUAAUUUAAGAAUUUUUUUAAAAUAGUUUUGGUUGACUAUAAAUUUGUUUAUAAAAACCGUUAAAAACCCGCAACACCUGAUCAUUCAUUCUGAGAUUGGGCCGCUUGUGGGUUGACAUACAGUUAAAAUCACCACUUGGCACUCGCGAGUAUUUCGAAUGUGUAUAGAAUAUAUGUUAAAUGCGAUCAAAUGUUUCAUUUGUUAAGUACAUGAGGUUGACAUACAGUUGGCUAUCACUUAUACACAUCAGAUGGAGUCACAUUGUAGUACAGUUAAUUUUAAAACAAACAUAUAUAUUCUUACUGCUAUAGAUUCCAGUAACAUAUCCUACUACUGCUCCAGAGAUUGCAUUACCUGAGUUAGAUGGAAAAACUGCUAAGAUGUACAGGUAUAAAUUAAAAGUUUACACAUAGCUUUUUGGUGAUAUAAUGACCCAAUAAUACUAGAGAUAGAUGAUCCGCCUGGACGAACUUGGACAAAGAUACGAGUAUAUAGUUGGUCUGACAAUUCGUCCACUGGCAAACAAACAGUUCAUCCGUCAAGAUGAAACAAACAAACCACAGACAAACUUGCGUCCGUAUAUAGGGUGUUAGCCGCGACAUUCAGACCCGAGCUAAAAAAAUAUAUUCCCGUGACCCAGCGCAUGGUGCAUGCUGAUUGGAUUGAAACCUUUGAUUGACUUUGAAGUGCAAGUCGAGUGACAUUGUUUUGUGCACUAAAAACAGGCAGGGGCGUGGCUACUGGGGGGGGGGGGCGACGCCCACCAAUAAUUCUGAAUAUUAAAAAGUUGGUCAAAAUGUUUUAUUGUUGGUCAAAGAAAAUAUUAAGAGUAAAUGCGCUAACAUUUAAAGAAAUAACCGUUCUUCAUCAAUAUUGAAAUUUGGUCAAAUUUGUUUUUGGUCAAAAUAUAUUGAGGAAAAAAUGCGAUUAAAUUUUAACUGUAAUGUGCAUCGCACAUCACCAAUUAGUGUUUGUUUUGGGACCAAUUUUUGUCAAUAACUUUGAUAGUUUUAUAAUAAGUUACCCAUGUACAGAUCUUGCAAUUCUAGCAUUUAUCGCAGAGACAGGGGUGCACAUAUGAGGGGUGUGGGGGUGUUACACCCCCAUAAUUUGGAAUGUCCAAAAAGUCGGUCCCAAACAGACAAUUUUGUCGGUCCCGAUCGUCCAGUAUAAACAUUACGCAAACUGGUUGUUUCCAUUCCGUCUCCAAAUAAAUUAAUAAAUUUUGAAAGGUUAUAAAGGAAUUUGAAAAGGACCGAACGAAAGAGGUAAAUAAGACUCUGAAAAUAGCAUGACCGACGAUCUAGGGACUUCAAUUUUGCAAAUAAUUUUUGCCCUUUGCAGUCAUGCACAAAGAUAUAUAAACGUAAUCGUGGACAGAAAUAUUGAUCGCAAAUGGUUCGGCACACUAAAGAAAUGCCAUUUCGAAGAUUCGAAGGUCAAUACGAUUCUCCCUAGAUAUACGCGUCGCUUCCAAAUGUAAACACGUAAAAAGUCGGUCCCGAAAUAUUUUUCACCCCGCCCUAAAAAUAUUUUGGGAUAUGCGCCCCUGCCCAGAGAUACUCGAAACCGUGAGACUGCAAAUGCUGUGGACUGCACAUUUAACAAGCAGCCACGAUCAUUUCCCUAUAUUGUAUAUAGAAGUCUUAAAGAAUUAUAGUUCAAAUAAAUAUACCGAGUGUAUUUUUAUUAAUAAUUGUAGUUAAACAUUCAUCGUUAGCUGAUUACAUAUGAUUAAUAUCGUGCAGAUUACAUGGCUAUGCAGAUUUGCAUGAACUCUCUCGUAUUACCCCCAAUAAAAAGAAACUCCACUACGUAAGAAAGAGAAAGUUGGUCAUUAUUGUAUGUUAUAUUGUUUCAUUGAAAAAGUUGGUCAUUAUUGUAUGACGCCCCCCCCCCCCCAAUCCUGAGUCGUUCACCACGCCCCUGAAAACAGGGAAACAUUAUUUCAAGGCUAUAGAUGCACGUAAAAAUCUCCACAUCUACACACGUACAAAUCUCACAUCUUGUAACAAGUCUGUUCACAAGCUGUCAACAAGAUGUAUUCGCACUGCUUGUCACAAGUUGUGAACAGAUUUGGAACAACUUGUUGACAACUUGUAACAACCUUGUCAAAAUUAUCAGACCUGUUGCAAGGUUGUUCUGACAAGUCCGUUACAUGCUUGAUAUAACAAGAUUGUUACAACCUUGUGUUGAAAACCUUGUAACAUCCUUGUUAUAUCAUGGCUGUAACAAACUUAUUAGCACAGUCUUGUAACAAGGCUGAUAAUGCCAUCAAGCUUGUUACAAGUUGUUAACAGCUUGUUUCAAACUUGUUACAACAAAUGAACAAACUGGGAACAAACAAUGCGAACGCAACUUGUUGACAGCUUGUGAACAGACUUGUAACAACUUGUUUGCAGACUUGUUACAACUUGUGCGUUUUUACGUGUGUACCAGCCUCAGAUAUAUCCUCGUUUCCUGGACAGAAAUUACCGGCGAUCACGGCUACCCAUACAUGCAAUUUAAAUCACGUUUCACGACUACAAAAACCCGUCAUUUCACGAGAACAAAUAUUUGCAAUUCACGGCUCUUAUACCCUUUACCAUGCUCUUGAAAUAAAUGCAUUUACUCUUAUGUUAACUUUGCCGGAACGGACGUUUCGUUGUCUUCGAUUGUUUGUUUAGUUUAGUUUAAUGAAUUUGUCACAUUUACAUAGAAAAAUUUUACAAUUACAACGACACUAGAACAAUAAAAACUAACAAAAUAAUUAGUACUUGUGACAGGAGUCUGAAACAGAACUUGCGUCCCAAUAGACCAUUCCCCAAUUAACCAAAAUUUUGAUCUCAACAAAUCUAGGCAAAAUUCCAUCAUAGCAUGAAAGAGCAUCACAAAAUUAGUAAUAUUCCAAAGUUUCGUUGCGAAAUGUUGUAAAAUGCGGAUAAUAUAGCUUUGCGAAAUUUGCAAUUUUCAGUCAUUUUAGAUUACAAACAGGAAAUGGUUACCACUUUUCCAAAAUUUUGAUCUUAACUGGCCUAAACAAAAAUUUUAUCACAGCUUGAAAGAGCAUCACAAAAUUAGUAAUAUUCCAAAGUUUCGUUGCAAAAUGCGGAUAAUUUAGCCUUGCGAAGUUUGUAAUUUUCAGUCAUUUUGUAUUACGCACAGAAGUGGUAACCAUUUCCCGUUUGUAAUCUAAAAUGACUGAAAAUUGCAAACUUCGCAAGGCUAUAUUAUCCGCAUUUUACAACAUUUUACAACAAACGAUGGACUGCUUUCGAAGAAAAUUCAAGAAUCAUCAGGGUUAGCCCACGAUUCCUUGGUCAGCAUAAACAAACUCCCCACCUGUUAAUUUAGCCAAUAUUUUUAAUUGUUUAUAGAGGAGGCAAGAUUUGUCUAACUGAGCAUUUUAAACCGUUGUGGGCAAGGAAUGUGCCAAAGUUUGGAAUAGCACAUGCAAUGGCUUUAGGUGUAAGUUUUAGUAAUUUUUCUGUGUUGGUGUAAUGUACUCAGGUGAAUAUGAUGCUUGUGAUGUUACUCUGAGUGUAUAUCCACACCGGGAAAGCUUGAAAAAUAUGCCUGACCUACGACCUUUGGAAUACUAGCCCAAUGCUCUGCCAACUGAGCUACGCGGUCUGGUCGGUUCGAGUAUGUGAUAUUUCGGAACAGAAUCUAGUUCCUUCGAUAUCAAUGUAAUCUAACAAUAGGCUAGUUCCUUCGAUAUCAAUGUAAUCUAACAAUGGGCUAGUAUUCCAAAGGUCGUAGGUUCGAUUCCCACCGUGGUCAGGCAUAUUUUUCAAGCUUUCCCGGUGUGGAUAUACACUCGGAGUAACAUCACAAGCAUCAAGUUUUCGUAAAUUGUACAGGUAUUAGAGAAACUUGUAAACAUCUUAAUUUGGUAUUUUGGACGGUGAUUGGUGAACUACUGUAGUACCGUGUUUCGAGUUAUGGAAACACGACUGCAAUGUUGCAAGGGUGAAAAAAAUCUCAAAUCCUUAAUAAUUCCUGAGUAAAUAGCCAACCAUAUUUUGCUCACAUGAUAAUAUUGGAUACCUGGUGAAGUAUAUUGAUCCAGUCCUAUAAGACUGUAUCUACUUAAGUAGUGAUUUAUUCGUAUGAGAUAUCAUUUCAAAUCCUCCAAUUUGGACUGGAUUUUAUUUUCCUUUGUAUUGAUCGCUGUUUCCUCUUUUUAUCAUUCUUGUUUCACUUUCUUCUUCAUUCUGUCAUUUUUUUCUAUUUUAUUUCAAUUGUUCUUUCAUUUCUAACCUCAUGUGUUAAUUUGUCGACUUGUAUUUUCCUUUUAAUAUGUCAAUUUUAUUUCUUUUAUCUUUAGCUUGGUCCCUGGCUUGCUGUAGAAAUACCUGACUUAAUAGAUAAAGGCAUUGUUGUUUACAAGGAAAAGAGUGCCAAAUAA